GCUUAAUAAAAGCUUUUUCCCUCGCUUUCGUUCAGAAGCUUCAAGCUAUGGCGAAUGAAAUGGACAUGAGUAGCUGGAGCGAUCUUCUCCAUUCUUCUACGAAGCUUCUCGAACAGGCGGCUCCUUCUGCUCAGUUCCCUCCGCUUCAGAGAAACUUAGAUCAGUUAGAAGCAUUAUCUAAGAAGCUCAAGGCAAAAACUGUAAGAACAGAGGCUCCUUCCCAGUCUAUUGCCGCCACAAGGUUACUUGCGCGUGAGGGAAUAAAUGCAGAACAGCUUGCUCGGGAUUUGAAAUCUUUUGAAUUGAAGACAACAUUUGAGGAUGUUUUCCCUGCUGAGGCAACCAGCGUUGAAGAAUAUUUGCAACAGGUUCAUGAAAUUGCAAUGGUAUCAGCAGUCCAAGAAGCUCAGAAGGAUAACCUCAGAAGUUUCAAUGAUUACAUGAUGAAAGUUCUGGAGGAGGACUGGCAAAAAGAAAAACGUGACUUUCUUCAGAGCCUGAGCCGAAUUUCAACACUGCCCAAGGCCAACAUGAUUGAUACAAGCACGGGGGGAACUCGUUCAGGUCAAAUAGUGUCCAUGACUUCUAGUCCACAGGUAUCCUCAGGACCAUCUAGCAUGGAGCUUGUACCCUUAGCAAACAAGCCUGUCCAAGAGAAAAAAGCAACUGUGUACGGUGAAGUUGUUAAGAACCUAAACAAUGCGAGAGAGCGAGGAUUACCAUUUAAACCUGCAGCAGCUUUUAGGAGUGCCUAUGAAAGUUUGGGUGUUGAAGUAUCUGGUGGAAAAUCAGUUAACAUCCAGAAAAUAUGGCACCUUCUUCAGAUGACGAUGGGUGAGGAUGCAACUUUUCAACGGAAUGUUUCAAGAAAAAUGUCAUUAGUAAUUGGUGCCAGGCGUCAUCUCGAGUGUGGGCAUGAGAAAUAUAUCAUGGAUACAAUACAAAGCCACCCUGCCCAAGCUGCUCUUGGUGGAACUGUUGGGAAUUUGCAACGAGUCCGCGCUUUUCUUCGGAUUCGAUUAAGGGAUUAUGGAGUUCUAGAUUUUGACGCCGGUGAUGCUCGUCGGCAGCCUCCAGUUGAUACCACUUGGCAGCAGAUUUAUUUUUGCCUGAGAACUGGAUACUAUGAUGAAGCAAGAAAUGUUGCCUUAUCAUCCCGUGCUUCAAACCAGUUUGCUCCUCUGCUUACAGAGUGGAUAAACACUGGAGGUAUUGUGCCUCCAAAGAUUGCAGCUGCUGCUUCUGAAGAAUGUGAAAAAAUGUUCAGAAUGGGUGAUCGUGUGGGGCGAGCUUCUUAUGACAAGAAAAAGUUGUUACUCUAUGCUAUCAUAUCUGGUUCUCGCCGGCAAAUUGAUCGCCUGCUUAGAGAUAUACCAACUCUUUUUAAUACUAUAGAGGAUUUCUUAUGGUUCAAAUUGUCGGCCGUACAGGAUGUAUCUGAUGGAGCCUCAUCUGUUGUAUUGAACGAGGGUCUAACACCAUACAGUUUGGAUGAUUUGCAGGCUUAUCUAAAUAAAUUUGAUCCUUCCUAUUAUACAAAGAAUGGAAAGGACCCUCUGGUGUACCCAUAUGUUUUGCUUUUAAGCAUUCAGUUGCUCCCAGCUGUCCUAUACUUGUCUAAGGAAGCAGGAGAAGGAUAUAACAUUGAUGCAUGCCACAUGGCAAUUGUUCUGGCUGACCAUGGGGUCUUUUUGGAAGGUGCUUGUGCUGGACAAAAGCUGGGGGUAAUGUAUGCUUAUGCAGAGGCAUCCAGCAUGAUUAGGCAGUAUGGGUCUGCAUAUUUACGUCUUGGUAAUCUCCACAUGGCUUUAGAGUAUUAUGCACAAGCUGCUGCGGCAGUUGGUGGUGGAGAGUUGUCAUGGACUGGGAGAACUAAUGCUGAUCAGCAAAGGCAGAAAAACUUAAUGCUCAAGCAACUUCUGACUGAGCUAUUGUUACGAGACGGUGGAAUCUAUCUUUUACUUGGUUCAAGAGGUGCUGGAGAGGAAGGUGAAUUGAAACGAUUUCUGACUGAUUUCAAGGCAAGGCAACAGUUUCUGCUUGAAGUUGCCUGUCAGUGUCAGGAAGCUGGACUAUAUGACAAAUCUAUAGAAAUUCAGAAGAGAGUUGGGGCAUUUUCAAUGGCACUGGAUUCAAUCAAUAAGUGUCUCUCUGAAGCAAUUUGCGCACUAUCACGUGGUAGAUUGGAUGGUGAGAGUCAGACUGCUAGCCUCAUUCAUUCUGGCAAUGAAAUUUUGGAGAUGGACAAAUAUUAUCCUGAAGUCAGUCUUCAAGAGAGGGAUCAGGUUCUAGAACAACAAACUGUAUUGAGACAGCUUGAGGCAAUAUUGUCUAUCCACAAGUUGGCUAGGUUAGGGCAUUAUUUAGAUGCUUUGAGGGAGGUCACCAAACUUCCGUUCCUUCCAUUAGAUCCACGAGCACUGGAUGCUACGGCUGAUGUGUUUCGGAAUUUAUCUCCUCAUGUCCAAGCUUGUGUGCCAGAUCUUUUGAAGGUUGCUUUAAAUUGCCUGGACAAUGUUACAGAUACUGAUGGAUCCCUUCGUGCCAUGAGGACAAAGAUUGCGAACUUUCUGGCAAACAAUAUGAAUCAGAAUUGGCCCCGUGAUUUGUAUGAGAAGGUGGCUCGAAGCUUGUGAAGAAAACUUAUGGUUGGAGAUUUUUCUAGCAAAAUUGGGAGAGAAUGUUUUGGGUUUAGAUGAUCCUAGAUGUAUUGUUUUCAUGAGAAAUAUUUUUAACAGAGAUUAAAGCCGGUAAGGUAUCCAAGUUGGUGAUUUCCUGUCAAUAUAUAAAAUCCUUAACCAUCUCUGAAACUUUCACGGCAUUAUGUUUACCAAAUAUUUUCUUUCCGAAUUUGUCUAUCAUCAGGCUUAGGGUUGGAUGUAGGCUGAGCCAGCUUGGGUUUGGAUCAUUGUUUGGUGUGAAUAAACUGAAUUUAAGUUGGAGUUCUUAUUCAUCGAUCUUGAGUUUAGUCUGAAA